GCUGAGAUUUCAGCAGGUGAUUCCAGAAUUAUUUGGAGGACCAUUUAGAAUUUUUCAGUACUGUUUUUGAUUUAGUACUAUUGUAGUUAUAGACAAUCUGUAUAAAAGCAUAAGAUAUUCAGUUAGUGAGUGAUAGUUAUUCAAUAGUGAAUUAUUCAGUUAUACAGUCAUGUCAUAUUCCUCCUCAUCCAGACCGACAGACUCUAACGAGCUCUUUGAGGAUAUCAACCAUAAACGGAAAUAUUCCAUUACCGAUGCAUUCAAUUCAUUCCAAAAUAAUUCUCCUAGUCCCUUUGACUUUGGAGGUAGAAGUUAUGUUAGUAUGAGCCAUCGAGCUAGUAUAAAUAAUAUUAAUUCUCCCGCUGUAUAUUCAGGUUUAGCAAUUCAUGAACAAACUGCAAAUUUAGCAAAUAUUGGAGUCACUGAUGAUACAGAUGAAGAUGCUGUACAAUCACUUGAAGAAGAAGAUACAGAAUCUAAUGAAGAAAUAUAUCAUACUUCUCAUACUUCUACACUUCCAACGCCUAUUAUAAGAGGUAGAAAACCUUCUCAAUAUACUCCAUUAAUAACUAAGACAGAUUCAUCAAAUAAGCAGAGUAUAACCUCUUAUGUUAAUGAUACAGAUAAUUCUCGAGAUUUUUCAAAACCUUAUGAACCUUCAAAUGAUUUAGAAACUUCAACUACUCAAGCAGGACUUUUGGGGGUUGAAAACAGCUUUAAAGAACCGAUUGGUUCUACACAACCAAGUUUAAUUCAUCAAUACUUAUUAAAACCAGUUCAUUAUUUACCAGCAGUAUUCUUAGGUACUCUAUUGAAUAUUUUAGAUGGAUUAUCUUAUGGAAUGAUCAUGUUCCCAGUAAGUGAAUCAGUAUUUGCAUCUCUUGCUCCUGCGGGGUUAUCAAUGUUUUAUAUGUCAUGUAUUGUAUCUCAAUUAAUUUAUUCAUUAGGUGGUUCAGCAUUUAAAUCAGGUAUAGGAUCAGAAAUGAUUGAAGUUACUCCAUUCUUUCAUACUAUGGCAUUAUCAAUUGCUGCUGAGAUGACUCUUAAUCAAGCAUCUCAAGAUGCAAUAAUUGCUACUACCAUUACAAGUUAUGCAUUAUCAUCUAUUGUUACUGGUUUAGUGUUUUGGUUAUUAGGUAAAUUGAAAUUAGGAGCUUUGGUAGGAUUUUUUCCAAGACAUAUUCUUGUAGGAUGUAUUGGAGGGGUAGGAUACUUUUUAGUUGCCACUGGUAUUGAAGUAUCAUCUCGAUUAGAAGGUGGAUUGAUAUAUAAUUAUGAUACAUUCAAAUAUCUAUUUUAUAAUCCAUUGGUAUUUUUAGAAUGGACAGUGCCUUUGGCUCUCGCAUUAUUAUUAAUAUUAUUACAACAUAAAUAUCAUAAUUCAUUAUUGGUACCAUUAUUCUUUAUGGCAGUAUUCAUUCUAUUUCAUCUUAUAUUAUUAAUAACUCCAGGUUGGAAUUUAGAAAGUGCCAGGAAAUUCGGUUGGGUAUUCCCAUCAGUAGAAGAUAAUGAACCUUGGUAUGGAUUUUAUUCAUUAUAUAAAUUUCAUCUUGUGGAUUGGUGGGCAGUUGUUAAACAAUUUCCUUCUAUGUUAGCAUUAACCUUUUUUGGAAUUUUACAUGUACCAAUUAAUGUUCCUGCUUUGGCAGUUACUGUGGGUAUGGAUGAAGUUGACGUUGAUCGUGAAUUAGUUGCUCAUGGUUAUUCUAAUGCCUUAUCAGGAUUAGUUGGUUCGAUUCAAAAUUAUCUUGUUUAUACAAAUUCUGUAUUAUUUAUAAGAGCUGGAGCUCAUGAUAGAUUAGCAGGAGUAUUAUUGGCAGUUGCAACAGGAGCAGUUAUGAUGACUGGACCAGUAGUUAUUGGUUAUAUUCCAGUAUGUGUUGUUGGAUCAUUAAUUUAUUUAUUGGGUUAUGAAUUAUUGAAGGAAUCAGUUUAUGAUACUUGGGGUAGAUUAAGAAAAAUUGAAUAUUCAACCAUUAUAAUUAUUGUUCUUACUAUGGGAGCCUUUGAUUUCGUCAUUGGUAUUUUAGUAGGUAUCUUAUUAGCUUGUCUUUCAUUUGUUGUUGAAGCUGGUAGAAGUCCGGUUGUUCAAGCUGUAUAUUCUGGAGCAGUAGCUAGAUCAACGGUUUUAAGACAUCCAAAACAACAAGAAUUCCUUAAGAAUGUUGGCGAUCAAAUAUGUGUUAUUAAAUUACAAGGUACUAUCUUCUUUGGAUCUAUUGGAGGAGUUGAAAGGGCAAUCAGAGAAAAAUUUGAACAAGAAAUCUUUAAAUUAAAUCCAAUAAAGUUUUUAAUUAUUGAUAUGAAAUCAGUUAGUUCAAUUGAUUUUUCAGCUGCUGAAGGAUUUAGACGAAUCUUUAAUCUUACUAAUGAAUUUAAUACUCAAUUAAUUAUUUCUUCAAUUGAAGAAAAUGGUGAUAUAAUUAAAGGAUUACGAGAUGCUGGUUUUGGUAGUGAUAAUGAUAAAGGUACCAUUGAAUUAUUUGGAACUCUUAAUUAUGCAUUGGAAUGGUGUGAAAAUGCAUUUUUAAAAACUUAUAAAACAGUUAAAAGAAAAGAAGGAGUUCGAGAAGUACCUUUAGGAGGAGGUGGAAGUAGUGGAGGUAAUUCCCCAGGAAGAAAAUCUAUAUUUUCUCCUCAAAGUUUGAAUAAUCGUCAAUUAAUGAAUCAAGCAUUUGAAAUUGGAACUCCUCGAACUACUCAAGUUUAUCAAGCUGCAACUAGAACUAUUUAUGAUGAACAAAAAUCACAAACUAAAUAUUAUUCUAGUGUAGAUAGUUCAUUUAAAAAGCAACCAUUACCAUUAAUUAUGAUAACUUUUCAAGGAUUAUCUGAUAAAGAUGAAGAAUUUUGGCUGGGAAUAGCCGAAUUCUUUGUUAAGGAAAAAAUUCCAGAAGAUUAUCAAUUCUAUAAUACAUCGAAAGAUAAACCUACCUUCUUUAUUGUUGAAUCAGGAUUGGUUAGAUCUAUAUUUAAAUUUGAGCAUGAAGGUAGAGAAUUACAUGCUAGUAUUCUUCCUAUGACAGCAUUUGGAGAUCUAUUUGAAAUGGGUCAACAACCUCAUAACCGAGAAGUCACAUUCACAACGGUGAAUGAUUCAGUUAUAUGGAAGUUAUCGGAUACCAAAAGACUGGAACUCUUAAAGACUCCUAAUGGACCAGCAUUAUAUAAUGAGUUGCUCCAAAUUCAGAACAAAUUAAUUAGGGAGCGAUUUGAUACUAUGACAGCCAACUUGGUUAUCUCCGGCUAGUUUCUGGAAAACAGUUUUAGUAACUAUGUAUAGUAUAGUAUAGUAUAACAUAAUAUAAUAUAAUAUAAUAUAAUAUAACAUAAUAUAAC